AGCAGUCCUUGACUUGUUAACUCGAACGUCAAUCUCGUCACGAUGUCGGUCCCGUCGGAGCAGAUCCUCAAUGAGCAGCCGCUCUACACGCCACCCCAGGUCUACCGGGAGCUGCUGCACUCGGCCCGGGAGGCCGAUCGGCGCCACAUCAGCGGCGUUGACCAGUCCAUCCUGGAGGCCGACUACGGUGAUGUCCAGUUCGAGUCGUUCGUGGACGACUACCAGGACGAUGACUACGGGGACAUUCUGGAGAGUGCGAUGCCCAGCGGGUACCGGUAUCGGGUUCCGGCGGAGGAUAGCGUAGACCUGGAGGCGGUUCUUCAGGAAGGUGCCAUCGAUUGGGACGCACCGGUUGCGGCACUGGAGAGCUCGCGACUUUCGGCGGUUUCCGGCAUGUCGAUUCCGCUGGACGAGGGUGAACUGUUGGAGGAUUCGUACUUUCCCGGAUAUCUGGACGACGCCGUCAAUGGGAAGGUUCCCGUUAUGGAAGGGAUGACCCUGCUGGAGGCGUUCGACCGUCGAGCGGAACACGAGUUGAAGCAGGUUCGCGAGCGACUUGGUCUUUCGCACACGUCCCGGGUGUCCGAGGCGGAUGUCUCCCGGAUGUCCGAGCCCGGAAUGGACACAUCGGUGCGUGAGGAGGAUAUCAUGGCAGCGAUUGUGGGCGUGCGUAUCGACCAGAAGAUUCGCAACCUGACCGAGUCGGGACUGACCAAGGCGAUCGACGGGCUGAUGAACGUGGAGUUUAUGCACGAGUUCAACGUCAAGUACGAAGUCAUGCAGCGGAUGAGCCGCCAGGUCGUGGGCCAGUUGGUGCCGGAAAAGGACAAGGAGGAGAGUGCUGUCGCAGCGGGCAGUCCUAUUGGGAAGAAGUAUCCGAAAUUUGACGUGGUAAAUGUUGGCGAUGAAGAAUCGGGACGUCCGCUGGAGAUUGUGACCUAUAUUGGAUCUACGAGAAGCAUGACUUGAUCAGCGAACAUGUUUUUUGAAACAUAACUCUAGGGAAUUUAAUAAAUUAUGCAAAAUAUC